AUGGGCAUCUCUGCUGGGGGCUGGCAGGUCACCAGCACACAGGCCCUCCCUGUGUCCCUUCUGGGCUGCUGGACUCGUGUGGCCUUUCUGUCCUCAUCCCUGAACUGUGACCUGCUCCUCCUGCAGCACCACGGCGGGGCCCAGGUGGACAUCUAUGAGAAGCUGCCAGUUCCCUUUGGGCUCGUCCGUUUUGGGGUGGCCCCAGACCACCCCGAGGUGAAGAACGUGACCAAGGCCUUCACGCAGACGGCGCGCUCGGGGCGCUGCGCCUUCCACGGCAACGUGGCGGUGGGCAGGGACGUGACGGUGGCAGAGCUGCAGCAGGCUUACCAUGCUGUGGUGCUGAGUUAUGGUGCUGAAGAUAACCGGGUCCUGGGGAUUCCAGGAGAGAACCUCUCUGGUGUCUACUCAGCCCGGGAGUUCGUGGGCUGGUACAAUGGGCUGCCCGAGAACAGGGACAUGAAGCCUGACCUGAGCUGUGAGACAGCACUGGUGCUGGGUCAUGGCAACGUGGCCCUGGAUAUUGCCCGGAUCCUCCUGUCCCCACUGCAGCUCCUCAGGAAGACAGACAUCACUGACAGCUCCCUGGCAGCUCUGUCCUGCAGCAAGGUGAAGCGUGUCUGGCUGGUUGGAAGGAGGGGACCUCUUCAAGUUGCCUUUACUAUCAAGGAGCUGCGGGAGAUGAUAAACCUGCCUGGUGCCAGACCCGUCCUGGACCCUGCUGACUUCACAGGCCUUGAAAAUGCUGUCAAAGAUGCCCCCAGGCCCAGGAAGCGACUGACUGAGCUGAUGAUCAGCACAGCCCUGGAGAAGCCCGGGGAGAAGAUGAUGGAGGAGCAGGCAGCAGCCCCCCGGGAGUGGGGGCUGAAGUUCCAGCGCAGCCCCCAGGAAGUUCUGCCCAGCGCCGACGGGCAGCGGGCGAGGGGCGUCCGCCUGGCCCUGACCCGCCUGGAGGGUUCAGGUGACUCUGCCAAAGCCAUCCCCACUGGAGCCGUGGAGGAGCUGGAGUGUGGACUGGUGCUCAGCAGCAUUGGCUACAGGAGCCUGCCCCUGGACCCAGCAGUACCCUUUGACACCCAACGUGGCAUUAUCCCCAACAGCUCGGGCAGAGUGCAGGGUGUCCCAGGUCUGUACUGCAGUGGGUGGGUGAAGAGAGGACCCACGGGUGUGAUCAUCACCACCAUGAACGACAGUUUUGACACUGCCCAGUCUGUGCUGGAGGAUCUCCAGGUGGGCGUGCUGGACGUGUCCUCUUCUAGAGAAGGCUUUGGGGCUGUGAAGAGCCUCCUGCAGAGCCGAGGGGUCCGUCCUGUUUCCUUCUCAGACUGGGAGAAGAUAGAUGCUGCUGAAGUGGCAAGAGGCAAAGCUGCUGGCAAACCCCGUGAGAAGAUAGUGGAUCCUCAGGAGAUGCUGCAGCUGAUCGGUCACUAA